AUGCCCCGACCAGGUGAUGACGCUCCUCGUACAAUCACCUUAAUCCCCGGAGAUGGAAUCAAUCCCCUCGUUACCGGAGCCGUCAAGCAAGUAAUGGAUGCGAUACACGCACCGAUUUACUUCGAAAAGUUCGAUGUUCAUUGUGAAAUGAAGGUCAUACCAAUGAAGGUUAUAGAGUCGAUUAAGAAGAAUAAAGUGUGUUUGAAAGGAUGUUUGAAUACUCCCAUGGGUGGAGGGGUUAGUUUGUUGAAUGUGCAGUUAAGGAAAGAGCUUGAUCUGUACACUUCACUUGAAAAUUGUUUUAAUCUGCCCGAAUUACCCACACACCAUGAAAAUGUUGAUAUUGUGGUAAUUAGAGAGAAUACUGAAGGGGAAUAUGCAGGGCUCGGACACGAGGUUGUUCCUGGUGUGGUGGAAAGUCUUAAGGUAUACUCUAAUCCAAGUAUCGUUUGCUUUUAUCUCGAUCCAAUUUUCAUUGGAUAUGUGAAAAAAAAUUCUAAGCUUAGAAUCUUAGGUCAAAUCUCCUUUGGGCUCUUAAAAAAGUUUAGGGAAGGAAAUGAUAGGCCCUGA